AUGGAACCCAGCGUGGAACAUUAUUACGAUAUCAGUAAAAGGUAUCUGACAUUAAUCGGUCAGUGGCCUUAUCAGAAACUGAAAGAGAGUUUACUUUUCUUGAGCUUUAUUCUUAUUUGUGAUGUCACUAUCUUGAUUACACAGAUGGCAAGAUUUUUCGUAUGCGAGAACAUGCAGUGUAUCUUUGAAACUUUACCUUCACACUUGCUGGCAGCGAUUAUUCCAGUGAAAAUUUUCACGUAUCGAUUUAAUAGUCAGAAAAUUAAAGAUCUCACAGAUCGCUUAUCUGUAGAUUGGAAUAUACUCGAGACUAAAACAGAACGUGAUAUUAUGAAAAGAUAUGCCGAAAAUGGCAGAUGGUACGUGUUAAUAUAUAGCAGUGAAUUUGCUAAACUUCUCGAAGAUACUUUCUCGAUAUCGUUUGCUGUGCAAAUCCUGCUAGUUACAAUCUGCUUGAGCAUUACCUUGGUACAACUCUCAUCUCAACUGCACGAUUCAGCAGAAGCGAUGAGAUACCUUGUCUUCAUGACGGCUCAAUUGUUUCACUUGUUCUGCUUUAGCUUCCAAGGACAAAAACUGAUAAAUCAUAGUCUUGAAACUUGCAGCAACAUAUAUCAUAGUUCAUGGUAUAAAAUACCUGUGAGAGAACAGAGAUUGCUCUUGUUUGUCAUGAGAAAAAGCAUUGAAGCUUGUGCCUUGACCGCCGGCAAAAUAUAUGUGUUUUCGCUAGAAAAUUUUACAACGAUCGUUCAAAGCUCGAUGUCAUUCGCGGAGAGACUUGAAGAUAUAUUUUGCAUUGGCUUUGCAGUACAAAUGCUGAUAACUGUUAUAACAAUGAGCGUUACACUGCUACAAAUCGUCUUGAACUUUGGCGAAAUUACUGAAAUAUUGAAGUACUUGAUGUAUGCCUUUGGUGAAGUAUUUCACACAUUCUGCUGCAGUGUGCAAAGUCAGCGACUGAUUAAUCACGGCGUGCAAUUGCGCGACAAAAUAUACAAUUCCUUCUGGUACGAAAUACCUGUAGAAUCACAAAGACUACUUCUACACGUAAUGCGAAGGUCCAUGGAACCCUGUUCUGUAAGUGCUGGCAAGAUUUAUGUCUUCUCCUUGAAAAGCUUUACCACGGUAACGAUUAUUUAUGAACCUUAUGUCGUUACAUGUUUAAUUUUGUAA